GAGACACGCUUCUUUGGUUACAACGCGGAGACGAAAUAUAACGUUGAGGCGCAUCGCGAUCGCAUUUUCGGCAAACAUGUCGCCGAUUAUAUGGAACUUUUGAAGGAGCAAGAUGAAGAUGCGUACAAACGUCACUUUUCUCGUUUCAUUGCUGAGGGCGUUGGCCCGGAAGACAUCGUUGAAUUGUACAAGAAAGCGCAUGAAGCAAUACGUGCCAAUCCAUUACCAGCGCCUAAAGUGGACAAGCUGGUUAGUUUUUGUUAUUUUCGAACAAAUACUACUCUACGUGCUAGAAAUUCAAAAUCCUUACUCCGUUAG